AUGACGGAUAACAAAUGGUACUGGAAUCACGAUGCACCUUUUUAUGCUCAUUGGACAUAUCAACGCAGCCCAGAUGGUGUCACGGGCAAAUGGUUUCGAUUUCUCGUGACAGCUGCCUCACGCGAGGACGCAAAGACUUUCUUCCGGGGCGUGGAAAAGUACGCCAAACUAAAGGACGCAAACAUAGUUUCCGUCAAGGCCAUUAACUUGGCUUGGUGGACCUACGAUAUCAGCGGUGGUGACGGCUGGAAUAUUAUGAGACUUGUCCAAAACAUCGACCAGAUGAAGGCAUCUGCUUAUGGGGAUAUUGAUGAAUUGCACAACAGCCGGGGCAAGAUUCUCAUUUCUAUUUUGAACGAUGCCGACGGUGGUAGCAGGUCCUGGCCAAUACUUCCUACUCAAGAUGUAUCUCUCAGUGACUAUCAACAUGAUCGACCCCCAAGACUGGGAUGUCCUGCUCUGUCCUUUUGUCGAAUAUUUUAA